CUUUUCACAGACUAUUAUCCAGGUUUAGAAAGCAAAAGUCAGCAGUUUAGGCAGCAGCAGAUGUAGUCUUGGCGCCCUGGGACGAUGUAUAUAAUGUUGUUAUUCCUCAGAUAGAUGUUGCAGAAUCCCAGUGAAGCGAUGAAAUACCUCUAUCGUUUUGUCGACUUUUGUUCGAAAUGAGAUUCCAUUUUGCGGUGAAACUGUGCGCUGCUGCGUUGGAGUCAGCAUCCAUGACACUGGGUCAACGACCGACCACCUUUUCUCCUGUUGGCCAGGAUGAAGUGUUCUUCAGCAUUGCCAUACCUGACACCACUGCACACUCUGGGUCUGGUCCCAUUUUCUUCCAAGUCAAGGCCCCAAGCACCCUGCAAUGGGUUGGGCUGGGCCAAGGAUCACAGAUGGCUGGCGCCAAUAUGUUCAUCCUUCACUCAACUUCCUCUACCAAUGUAGCCCUUUCGCCACGCUCAGGGGAAGGCCAUUUUCCACCAGUGUAUAAUCCAGACUCUCGAAUCUCUCUCCUCGAAGGCAGUGGUAUCCAAGACGGUACGAUGACGGCUAAUGCGCUCUGUGAGAAUUGCAAUGAAUGGCAAGGUGGAUCAAUGGACCCGAGUAGUUCAUCUACCCAGUGGAUCUAUGCCUAUAAAGAAGGUCCGCCGCUGAACUCCGACAGUGCGACUGUGACUAUCCAAAGACAUGAUGGGCGUGGGGGCGCAACUGUGGAUCUUUCUCGGGCGAUGACAAGCUCAGAUAAUCCGUUUCUGGAGUACGAUCCGGCUGUUGACUCGAGCAAUGUCACUGGUUUUCCGGGUGUCUCUCCUGGAACGUCCAUGCUUAUUGCGCACGGAGUCAUCAUGGCAAUAGCUUUUGUGCUGCUGUUUCCAUCAUUUGCCCUCCUUGUCCCAUUGCCAUGGCCACUCUCUAUCACUAAGGUCCAUGCGCCACUUCAGAUUCUUGCACUUGCUCUCGCCGUCGCUGGCAUGGGAGUUGGUAUCAGACUCGUCAUCGAUAAGAAAUUGAUCAUGAGCGCACAUCCCGUUAUUGGUAUUAUCGUCAUGGCCCUUCUUGUUCUAUUUCAACCGAUGCUAGGCUUCCUUCAGCACCGACACUUCCACCGUAGCGGUGAAAAGGGUAUCUUUGCCUACAUACAUCGCUGGUUGGGCCGUUCGAUGAUGAUCCUUGGUAUCGUCAAUGGUGGACUGGGUUUCCGCUUGGCGGGAGUAGGUAACCCUAGUACUCCUCGAGGCGCAAUGAUCGCAUAUUCAGUAAUUGCAGGAGUGGUUGGAUCGGCAUAUAUUGGUGUGCUUCUUCUCGCGGCUGUGCGAGGAGGAGCCCGCAGACAAGAACGAAGGGUAUUGAAGCACGAACCUCGAGGACAUGCAGGCAUGUAAAAUUUAAUGAUAUUAUUGCUAUGGGGGAUGAUAUAAUGUCGUUUGUCGGUGGAGAGAACUUUAAUGUUUAAACACAUACCCAGUCGAAAUACUGUUCGAUUCAUGUUCGGUUUGACUUCAAUACGAAUUGUAGCCAUGGAAAACACAUAUGUCAACCAAUCGAUCCAUGGUUACUGCUAGUAUACAUGUUCAUCUAUGUGAUAACCUUCAGAGUGUAUCGCCUCUUGACAUUGCUCGGUUGCUCUACCUGGUUGAACCAAAGCAUAGCAAGCAAAAUAAAACGAGCUCGGAAGACUAUUCUCCUAAAUAAUUUGCGUAUCAUACAAAUAUUUUUCAUUAGUAGUACAGUGUGCAAAUGACACAGACCGAGGAAUGAGAUUAAAAGGCACUUGUUUCCGGGUGAGCGCUAGAGGGAUGCUAU